AUGUCUUCCAAUUCCGAGUUUCCAUCAGUCGUGUUAUUGGUGUGUUCACUUGUGUGUUGCUGUGUUCAUGCGCAGUUGGAUGAUGCGAUGAGGAAUGAGUUGUUAACUCUUCACAAUGAGGCAAGACAAUCUGUUCAAAAUGGUCAGCUUGUUGGUCAACCGAUAGCAGUCUCCAUACAACCACUGAAAUGGAAUGUGGAAUUGGAAACGAAAGCACAAAUUCUGUCUGAUCAAUGUCGUGUUGGACAUGAUACAAAUGAUGAUCGUAAAAUACCGAAAUUCCAAUAUGUUGGACAGAAUUGGGCCGGUGCGAAAGACAUAAACACGUAA